GCCAGGGGGGAGGGAAGCGGCUCUCCCGCAGCCGGCCCAGCGCCCGCAGCCCCGCGUGAAGAGGAGCGGCCGCUCCCCGCCGGCCGCUCCCGGCUGAUGCCCGCACAGACCUCCUGAUACUGUGUGUAUUGAGGGGAAGAAGAUGUUUUGUCGAUACGAGAUACAGAGCUGUUUUCUCUUGGCUUUUCUAGCUGUCACAGCUUUUUUCAUCAGUGAUGUUCAGGGCCAAGUGCCUCCACCAACAAGACUAAGAUAUAAUGUAGUGAGUCCUGACAGUGUACAGAUCUCUUGGAAAGCCCCCAAAGGGCAGUUCACUGGAUAUAAACUUCUUGUCACUCCAAGUUCAGGUGGAAAAACAAAUCAAUUAAUUCUUCAAAAUACUGCGACCAAAGCAAUUAUUCAAGGUCUCAUUCCAGAUCAAAAUUAUGCCCUUGAGAUCAUUGCAUUCAAUGAAGACAAGGAGAGUAAGCCAGCACAAGGCCAGUUCAGAAUUAAAGACAUAGAGAGAAGAAAAGACACAAGUAAAUCCAAGGUGAAGGAUCCAGAAAAAACAAAUGCGAGUAAACCAGCUCCAGAAGGGAGCCUGUUUACCUGUAAAACUCCAGCAAUUGCAGAUAUUGUGAUACUAGUAGAUGGUUCUUGGAGUAUUGGCAGAUUCAAUUUCAGGCUCGUUCGACUGUUCCUGGAAAACCUAGUUUCUGCUUUCAAUGUGGGAUCUGAGAAAACAAGAGUAGGUCUUGCACAGUACAGUGGUGAUCCCCGAAUUGAAUGGCACUUGAAUGCCUAUGGCACAAAGGAUGCUGUUUUGGAUGCGGUCCGGAAUCUACCGUAUAAGGGAGGGAAUACUUUAACAGGUCUUGCCUUAACUUAUAUUUUGGAAAACAGCUUUAAGCCUGAGGCAGGUGCAAGACCUGGAGUAUCUAAAAUUGGGAUACUGAUCACUGAUGGGAAGUCCCAAGAUGAUGUUAUCCCUCCUGCUAAAAACCUGCGGGAUGCUGGCAUUGAGCUGUUUGCUAUUGGUGUAAAGAAUGCAGAUAUAAAUGAACUCAAAGAGAUUGCCUCUGAGCCUGACAGCACACAUGUCUACAACGUGGCUGACUUUAACUUCAUGCAUACCAUAGUUGAAGGUCUUACAAGAACAGUGUGCUCACGAGUAGAGGAGCAGGAAAAGGAAAUCAAAGGAACAAUUGCUUCUCUUGGGACUCCUUCAGAUUUGGUCACGUCGGAGGUAACAGCAAGAGGCUUCCGCGUUAGCUGGACCCACGCGCCAGGCAAAGUGGAAAAAUACAGGGUUGUGUACUACCCCACUCGAGGAGGACAGCCAGAAGAGGUUGUGGUAGAUGGAAGUGUAUCCACAGCAGUUCUGAAAAACCUGAUGUCUUUAACUGAGUACCAGAUAGCUGUGUUUGCCAUCUACUCCAACGCUGCGAGUGAGGGCCUCCGUGGAACGGAAACCACACUUGCCCUGCCGAUGCCGUCGGAUCUGCAGCUGUACGAUGUGUCCCAGAGCAGCAUGAGGGUCAGCUGGAGUGGAGUCGUGGGUGCCACAGGGUACAUGAUCCUCUAUGCUCCCCUCACAGAAGGACUGGCAGCAGAUGAGAAGGAGAUAAAAAUUGGGGAGACCUCGACAGAUCUUGAACUGGAUGGACUCUUGCCAAAUACAGAAUAUACAGUCACAGUUUAUGCCAUGUUUGGAGAAGAAGCUAGUGAUCCCCUUACAGGACAAGAAACUACAUUGCCUCUAAGUCCACCAGCAAACUUGAAAUUUUCUGAUGUUGGACAUAAUAGUGCUAAGCUAUCGUGGGAUCCUGCUUCCAAAAAUGUAAAUGGCUAUCGCAUCAUGCACGUAAAAACAGACGGAACAGAAACCAAUGAGGUGGAAGUUGGUCGUGUUUCAACCCAUACUCUGAAAAGUUUGGCACCCCUUACAGAGUAUACUGUUGCUAUUUUCUCCCUGUAUGAUGAGGGACAAUCUGAACCACUUACUGGCAGCUUUACCACAAAAAGAGUUCCAGCUCCCCAGCAUUUGGAAAUUGAUGAAGCAUCAACAGAUAGUCUCAGGGUCAGCUGGAAGCCCACCUCAUCAGAUAUUGCUUUUUAUAGAUUGGCAUGGAUUCCUUUGGAUGGGGGAGAAUCUGAGGAGGUUGUCAUAAAUGGAGAUGCAGACAGUCAUGUUAUAGAGGGUCUGUUGCCCGACACAGAAUAUGAAGUUUCUCUGCUGGCAGUUUUUGAAGAUGACAGUGAAAGCGAAGUUGUUGCUAUUCUUGGAGCUACAUCUGCAAGUGCUACCACAGUACCUACCACGGUGGCCACCACCAGUGCCACCACCUCUGAGCCCACCACAGCAGUUUUCCGAACAGGAGUCAGAAAUCUAUUUAUAGAUGAUGAAACAACCUCAAGUCUGAGGGUGACAUGGGACAUUUCUGACUACAGUGUUCAGCAGUUCAGAGUGACCUAUCUCACUGCAGAAGGUGACCGUGCUGAGGAGGCGGUAAGAAUGGUAAUGGUGCCUGGCAGACAAAACACUCUUCUACUUCAUCCUCUGCUGUCUGAUACAGAAUACAAAGUUACCAUAACCCCCAUCUAUUCUGAUGGGGAAGGAAUCAGUGUCUCAGCUCCUGGAAAAACUUUGCCCCUGUCUGCUCCUAGGAACUUACGUGUCUCUGAUGAGUGGUACAACAGAUUACGUAUCAGCUGGGAUGCCCCACCUUCAGCAACAAUGGGUUACAGAGUUGUCUACAAACCUGUCAACACUCCUGGCCCUGCAUUGGAGACCUUUGUAGGGGAUGAUAUUAAUACCAUUCUCAUUCUAAAUCUCUUCAGCGGAACAGAGUACAGUGUCAAAGUAUUUGCUUCAUACUCAACAGGCUUCAGUGAUGCCCUAACAGGCGUGGCCAAAACCUUGUAUCUGGGUGUGACGAAUUUGGACUCCUACCAAGUCCGCAUGACGAGUCUGUGUGCUCAGUGGCAGCUUCACAGUCAUGCUACUGCUUACAGGGUAGUUAUAGAGUCACUUGAGGGUGGAAAAAAGCGAGAAGUAAAUCUUGGUGGAGGGACAUCUAGACAUUGUUUCUUUGAGCUGAUGCCUGGAACCAAAUAUAAAAUCAGUGUUCAUACACAGCUUCAGGAGCUGGAGGGCCCUGCUGUGAGCAUCAUGGAGACAACAUUACCAUUUCCUACUCAACCACCAACAACACCUUCAACACCCCCUCCACCACCUACAAUCCCACCUGCAAAAGAGGUGUGCAAAGCAGCCAAAGCUGAUCUGGCAUUCCUGGUAGAUGGGUCAUGGAGUAUUGGAGAUGACAAUUUCAAUAAGAUAAUUAACUUUCUCUAUAGCACUGUUGGAGCUUUGGAUAAGAUUGGUCCUGAUGGAACACAGGUGGCAAUAAUUCAGUUUAGUGAUGAUCCCAGGACAGAAUUUAAAUUGAAUGCAUACAAAACAAAAGAGACUCUUCUUGAAGCUAUUCAGCAAAUUGCCUACAAAGGAGGAAAUACAAAAACAGGCAAAGCCAUUAAACAUGCACGAGAAAUCUUAUUUACAGGAGAGUCAGGCAUGAGAAGGGGCAUCCCAAAGGUUUUGGUUGUCAUUACUGAUGGGCGAUCACAGGAUGAUGUGAACAAAGUCUCCAGAGAAAUGCAACUAGACGGUUUUACCUUUUUUGCUAUUGGAGUGGCUGAUGCUGACUAUUCAGAGUUAGUUAAUAUUGGCAGCAAGCCCAGUGAAAGACAUGUCUUCUUCGUGGAUGACUUUGAUGCAUUUAUAAAGAUUGAAGAUGAGCUCAUCACUUUUGUUUGUGAAACUGCAUCAGCAACCUGCCCACUGGUAGUUAAAGAUGGCAAUAAUUUUGCAGGAUUUAAAAUGAUGGAAAUGUUUGGUUUGGUUGAAAAGGAGUUUUCAGCUGUGGAAGGGGUGUCCAUGGAACCUGGUACAUUUAAUGUUUUCCCAUGUUACAGACUGCACAAGGAUGCUCUGGUAUCCCAGCCUACCAAGUAUUUGCAUCCUGAAGGUCUCCCUUCUGAUUACACCAUCACGUUUCUCUUCCGGAUACUCCCGGACACACCACAGGAGCCAUUUGCUCUGUGGGAGAUUUUAAAUGAAGCAUAUGAACCUCUGGUUGGAGUUAUUUUAGAUAAUGGUGGAAAAACUCUGACUUUCUUUAACUAUGACUACAAAGGAGAUUUUCAAACUGUAACUUUUGAAGGUCCUGAAAUAAGGAAGAUAUUUUAUGGGAGUUUCCAUAAGUUACAUGUUGUUAUCAGCAAGACCACGGCCAAGAUAAUUAUUGACUGCAAGGAAGUGGGUGAGAAGACCAUUAAUGCAGCAGGGAACAUCAGUUCUGAUGGCAUAGAAGUGCUGGGGAGGAUGGUGAGAUCCAGGGGACCAAGAGACAACUCUGCACCGCUGCAGUUACAGAUGUUUGACAUCAUUUGUGCUACCUCAUGGGCCAAUCGAGACAAAUGCUGUGAACUUCCUGGCUUGAGAGAUGAGGAAAAUUGCCCUGCCCUUCCUCAUGCUUGUUCCUGUUCAGAAGCCAAUAAAGGUCCCCUUGGGCCUCCUGGACCACCGGGUGGUCCAGGUGUCAGAGGUGCCAAAGGUCAUCGUGGUGAUCCAGGUCCAAAGGGACCAGAUGGACCUCGAGGUGAAAUUGGUGUUCCUGGACCACAAGGACCUCCAGGACCACAAGGACCCAGUGGACUUUCUAUUCAAGGGCUUCCAGGGCCACCAGGUGAAAAGGGAGAGAAGGGAGAUCUUGGUUUUCCUGGCCUGCAGGGUGUCCCAGGAGCAUCAGGUUCACCAGGAAGAGAUGGAGCUCAAGGUCAAAGGGGCUUUCCUGGCAAGGAUGGACCCACAGGCCCACAAGGACCUCCUGGCCCAAUGGGCAUACCUGGUGCUCCAGGUGUUCCAGGUGUUACUGGAAGUCAGGGGCCACAAGGUGAUGUUGGAGCUCCUGGUCCUCCUGGAGCUAAGGGUGAAAGGGGUGAACGGGGCGAUCUCCAGUCCCAAGCCAUGGUCCGGGCUGUUGCUCGUCAAGUGUGUGAACAGCUCAUCCAAGGUCAUAUGGCAAGAUAUAACUCGAUUCUGAACCAGAUUCCAAGCCAGUCUGUCUCAACACGAACCAUCGCCGGACCUCCUGGUGAGCCAGGUCGGCCAGGGGCUCCAGGGCCACAGGGGGAGCAAGGAUCACCAGGCAUGCAAGGGUUUCCAGGAAGCCCUGGUCAACCAGGAAGACCAGGAGAAAGAGGUUUACCAGGUGAGAAAGGAGAAAAAGGCAAUCCAGGUGUUGGAACACAAGGACCCCGAGGCCCACCAGGAUCCACAGGACCUCCAGGAGAAAGUCGAACUGGCAGCCCGGGACCACCAGGAUCUCCAGGUCCAAGAGGUCCUGCUGGUCACACGGGAUCCCCGGGCUCACAGGGUCCUGCUGGGCCUCCAGGGUACUGUGACCCAUCCUCCUGCGCUGGGUACGGCAUGGGAGGUGGAUACGGUGAGCCAACUGAUCAAGACAUCCCAGUAGUGCAGUUGCCACAUAACUCCUACCAAAUCUAUGACCCUGAGGACCUUUAUGAUGAGUUUACUCCUGUUCAAGAAGAGAUGGAGGCCGUUGAGCUGAGAUCCCCGGGAAUCAGUCGCUUCGCGAGGAGGAUAGCCAAAAGGAGCGCCAAGACCCCGGUACGCACAAAGGCAAACAGAAAAAGCCCCUCUCAAUGAACUGCUUAAAAAAAGGAAACAUUUUAUGCACACCUGUGUUUGGCCUUUUGUCCUGGUGCCUCACCUGUCACUGAUGUUUACAGGCUCUUAUGUUAAAGGAGAAAAAAGUGUACCUGGCCAGUUGACACAACAAAUAGUGGUAAUUAUCUUGCAUGCCAGAAGUUUAGUAUGUUAGUGGGUUGGUGCUAGCUGAUGAUGAAAGGUCACUUGUAGAUCUUUCUCUGGAGUACUGUUCCGUUCACUCUUCAAAGUGUAUCUGAAAAAAUGCAUCUGGCUAGGGGGUGUAUGUAGAACCAGUCACAGAAGUUAAUGUUUGGUUAUCCAUUUUUUCCCAGUUGAUUAUUUUCUGUUUGUUUUGGAUGAAUUGCUUUACUAGCAGAGUGACCUGACUAAAUCCACUGGAGAACAAUGCAUCAGGUGUCCUUGUACCCGGCUUAUUAUUCUUUUGCAGAGAUUUCUUACAUUAACAGACCAUUGUUUUCUUAACUCACCUAAAAUAAAUACACAAGAAUGUUCUGUGGGAGCACACUGAUAAUUUAUUGUGAACCUCUUUCAUUUCUGUUUUGUAUACAAAUAAAAGUGGCAAGCUUUUAUAUGGUAAUCCUGUAUUUAUUUGAUUUUUAACUCAAAACAAUUGCAUUAGAUCUUCAGGGGGACAGGAUAUAAUGAGAAGGAAACACAUUUCCUGUUUUCAACACUUUGGGGCAAUGGUUUUAUUUUAAAGGUUGUAGUAUAAACAUUAUUUAGCCUUAUUUUUUAAAUUAUAUAUGGACAAAUGCAGAGAGUAACUAUGAGCUGAGGUAGUUGUACCGACUGCGGAUGCGAGAUUCCACAUGUGACAUGCCCAAGUCAAAAGACUGGCAGGUGUAUUUAGGAACUUGGAUUGGCUAACGAGGAGAGGAAGGCAAAAACACUUGAGCACAGAGCAAUUCAUCAUCUACAAACAAGGUAAGUUAUAGACUCAAUAAGAGCACUGGAAACUGAGCAAGAUCUAGCUCAAAAGCGGCCAUUUAACUUGAAAGCAUAGGUUUGGAACACUUUUUCUUCAGCCCUGUACAGACAAGGAGAGGUUGUCCUGUACAUCCCAGGACCAUCUUCUUGCUCAUCCCUGACUGGGUGGGGGAGUGUAGCCAUAUUCUACAGUCAAGAAAAGCCUGUCAGGUUUGGCCUCUGGCCACUGCCAGGAGCUCCCUUAGCUCAUCAGGAAGAUGAAUGGGUACCUUUGCUGUGUAAUCUUCAAUUAUCUCACCUAGAAUUCAACCUCUUUAGUAGGACACACGAUUUGCACAUGUGACUAGCACGCUCUGGCUGGGGGCUGGAUAUCUUCCUUCUUUCUGUUUUACCAUUACUUCUUCCACCUCUGACUCCAAUCAUUUUCUUGGGGAAAGGCAAUAAAAGGUGAUGGAAUGUGAGUUGAAAGUAAUUUUGUUACCUGCACUUCCAUUUAAAAUAGAAGGUAGAAAAGCAUAAUGUAGUUUAUGGACUUUAUUUUUUAGCAGCUUAACCCCACUUGACAGAACACUGAGGCCCCACAGCCUGGCACAUGCAACUGAUACUCAGAGGUAUUAUUAAAACAAAAUACAGUAAUGCCUGGGGUCACAGCGUUAAUUUCCCUGCCGGCACUGGCUGUGAACACCCUCGUUAAUUUAUCCCAACUGCAAACUGUCUGGUUAGCCCACUUCCAUCCAUGUUGUACUGACACAGCUCAGAGUUCUGCCUGAGAUAAUGCUUACCUGCAGGUCCUGUGGAAAAAAAUCAUCUUUCAAUCCAUUAUGCCUUUGUUGUCUCUGAAGGACUUUGUCUCCUGCUAACAGUGCACUAUAUAUAUAUAUAUAUGUGUGUGUGUGUGUGUGUGUGUGUGUGUGUGUGUGUGUAUAUAUGUGUGUAUAUAUAUAUAUAUAUAUAUAUAUAUAUAGUCCUGACUCGCUGUCCUGCAACAUUAUAUCCAAAUCUCAAGUUCUUGUGGGACCACAGAGAGUGACAGGGCAGCACCAGGGAUGUAGGGACACACCAUAAUCCAGUAACACCAUAAUUGGUGUUAUUCACAUGGAGUGAAUAACACCAAUCCAACAUGGUGUUAUUCACUCCAUGUCACAGCCUGAUGCUAACAGCCUGAGCAAAUCCCUGAGGGUGUUGUGGUGUGCAGUUGAUGUCACCUGUGCUGUGCCAACCCAACAGCUCCCACAGCAGUCUCCUGGGCUGGGGGAGCAGCUGGAAGCAGCACAGCACCCCUCUGCUUGCAGGGAAUUUGGGUGCUCUGGGCCUGAGGGAUCCCCAGCGUGGGACACCCGCACAAGCAGCUGCCACCGCCACCUCCUCCCCACACCACAGGGAUGCACAUGGAGUGAAUUAAACAAAUGACUUGGCAUAAUAAAGUGGCCAGACUCAUUCUAAUUUUGUAACAAUUUAUAUACUAAAGAACAAGCUUCAGCUGCAGUAGUCAAUUUGUUUUAACUUUCUAUUUUCUGUGUAAUUUACUGGCACCAUGCUGACCAGAAUGCUUCUGGUAUUAUUGAUCAUUUAGUGACUUGCUGGACAUACCUUGGUAAUAAAGAGUAACAAACGCGUGGGCUCUACCCAAUUAUAUACUAUUCAGGAAUUGUAUGUUUGCCAAAAGAAGUAAAACACAGUCAGACAAGAUUUUCUCCGAAAUCCAGUCUCUGAAUAAUCAAGAGUGUCUUGUGUUUUUUCCAGACCACCCAAGAAACUGAAGCUGCUGACUGAAGUAUUCAGCACAUAAUGAACAGCUGAUGCCACAUAGAUCUUACCAAUAAGCUGUGUACUGUGUCCUUACAAAGAUAAGAGCAUUUACUGCAACCCAGGGCUUUUAAAAAUACUUUCACUAGUUAAAGCAGUGUAGUAACUGACUUGGACGUGAAGGCUGCACAUUCACUAGGUAGGAACUUUUCCUGGGAUAAGCCCAUCUGAAUGUCAAAGAAAGGCCCAAUUAAUUUAUUUCACAUAAUGAAAUAUGGUUAUAAAUAAACAUCUGUUUUUCUUCCUGUAUGAUGCUUGUAUGAAACAAAUGCAGAACACUCAAAUUCCCCUUACCAAACAUGGUAAAAUUUGGCAAAUAAUGUACCAGCAUUUCCUACAACACAGAAAACAGGUGCUUUACUUAUCUACAGAACAGCUUUGGCUUGAGGGUUUUCAGAGCAGGAAAGCAGAAAGGAAUUUCAGGGAAGUAACUUGCAAAAGUGAAGUAAAUUUUUAGACUUUUUUUGCAUCAUUCAACACUUAAGUUUGGUUUCCUUAUUUGGUUUUCAAAAUAAAAAUGUUGCUGCUUUGUUCUGUAAUAUGUUACUUAAAGUAAGUAAGGCAUAUUCCUGUGACUUGAAUAAAAAUCAGAUUGAGGCUGAAGGGGGGAAAAAAGGUAAAGUAUCUCCGUGAUCAGCCUUUACUGUCUGUUAUUUCAACAAGCUCUUUAAUGAAAUCUGUUCUACACUGGGUUGUCAGCAGACCUCCUCCUAAUGAAGAAGAGUCACAUCAGAAAAUGCUCUGCACAGCCCCAAAUGGGUGUUCUGGUUGGUAACAAGCAGAGUUACCAACACUGGCGUCGAGAGUGUGCCAUCUUCAAAAGCCAGGCCCAGCUGGGGCAAUGCUCUGCCUGGCUACUUUCCAAGGCAGACAGAACCACAGGGAUAUCGAAUCUCCCAAUGACAAUCAUGUAACACCUCAACAUCAAGAGCAGAAUACCAUUAGGAACACAUUUAAUGACAUUCAGCACCUAGAAAGUAGAGUCACCCUUACUGCUGUCAUUCAGCACACCCAAGAUUCAGAUUUAGAUGGAGAUGAACAGUAGUCUGAAAAAGUAAGAUCAUUAAAAAAAUAGUAGUUGUCAUUUUGUUCCUUAGAGCAAAAUGUAUCAAAAGAUUCCCAAA